UCCGUUGCGGGGCGGGCGCGCUGCGGCGGUCGCUGCUGCUGCUUCCUCGGGCCAUUUUGCUCCGCGCGGAGAGACGAGAGGUGUAGAGCUGGGCUGGAGGAGGCGCGGGCCGGAGGAAACGGCGGGCGGCGGGCUUCCCGCAUUCGCAGUGUCCGGUGGGGCUCAGCGAUCGCCGGCGAAGGGGGUCGGGGGCCCUUUCCCGGUCCCUGCAUCAUGAGCUGGGGCACCGAGCUCUGGGAUCAGUUUGACAACUUAGAAAAACACACACAGUGGGGAAUCGACAUUCUUGAAAAGUACAUCAAGUUUGUCAAGGAGAGGACUGACAUUGAGCUCAGCUAUGCCAAGCAGCUCAGGAAUCUUUCAAAGAAAUACCAACCCAAGAAGAACUCGAAGGAAGAAGAAGAAUACAAGUACACGGCAUGCAAGGCGUUUCUUUCCACCCUGAAUGAGAUGAACGACUAUGCCGGGCAGCAUGAGGUCAUCUCCGAGAACAUGACAUCACAGAUCACGGUGGACCUGAUGCGCUACGUGCAGGAGCUGAAGCAGGAGAGGAAAUCGAACUUCCAUGAUGGACGGAAGGCCCAGCAGCAUAUCGAGACAUGCUGGAAGCAACUGGAGUCGAGUAAGAGGCGCUUUGAGCGGGACUGCAAGGAGGCCGACCGCGCCCAGCAGUACUUCGAAAAGAUGGACGCUGACAUCAACGUGACCAAAGCCGAUGUGGAAAAGGCGCGGCAGCAAGCUCAAUUACGCCACCAAAUGGCAGAGGACAGCAAAGCCGAUUACUCCUCCAUCCUGCAGAGAUUCAACCAGGAGCAGUGGGAAUACUACCAUACCCACAUUCCCAACAUCUUCCAGAAAAUCCAAGAGAUGGAAGAAAGGCGGAUCGUGCGCAUCGGAGAGUCCAUGAAGACGUACGCGGAGGUGGAUCGGCAGGUGAUACCCAUCAUCGGGAAAUGCCUGGAUGGGAUAGUGAAGGCGGCCGAGUCUAUCGACCAGAAAAAUGACUCCCAGCUGGUCGUAGAAGCCUACAAGUCAGGGUUCGAGCCUCCUGGAGACAUUGAAUUCGAAGACUACACACAGCCGAUGAAGCGCACGGUGUCAGAAAACAGCCUUUCCAGCUCGAAAGAAGGCAAGUCAGAGCUGAGGUUUGGCGGCAAGUCCAGAGGCAAGCUGUGGCCAUUCAUCAAGAAAAACAAGCUUGUGUCCCUUUUAACAUCCCCCCAUCAGCCUCCCCCUCCUCCCCCUGCCUCUGCCUCACCCUCUGCUGUUCCCAACGGCCCCCAGUCUCCCAAGCAGCAAAAGGAACCCCUCUCCCACCGCUUCAACGAGUUCAUGACCUCCAAACCCAAAAUCCACUGCUUCCGGAGCCUAAAGCGUGGGCUUUCUCUCAAGCUGGGUGCCACACCAGAAGACUUCAGCAACCUCCCGCCCGAGCAGAGAAGGAAAAAGCUGCAGCAGAAAGUGGAUGAUCUCAAUAAAGAAAUCCAAAAGGAGACGGAUCAGAGGGAUGCUAUCACCAAAAUGAAAGACGUGUACCUAAAGAACCCGCAGAUGGGAGACCCGACCAGCUUGGACCACAAACUUGCUGAAGUCACCCAGAACAUAGAGAGACUGCGGCUGGAGACACAGAAGUUUGAGGCCUGGCUGGCUGAGGUGGAAGGCAGACUCCCAGCACGGAGUGAGCAGGCACGCCGGCAGAGUGGAAUGUACGACGGUCAGACACACCAGACAGUCACUAACUGCGCCCAGGACCGGGAGAGCAGCCCAGAUGGUAGUUACACAGAGGAGCAAAGCCAGGAGAGCGAGCUCAAGGUGCUGGCCACAGAUUUUGAUGAUGAAUUUGAUGAUGAGGAACCACUUCCUGCCAUAGGGACCUGCAAGGCCCUCUACACAUUUGAAGGUCAGAAUGAAGGCACCAUUUCCGUGGUGGAAGGAGAAAUGCUGAGUGUGAUCGAGGAGGACAAGGGCGAUGGGUGGACUCGCAUCCGCAGAAAUGAAGACGAGGAGGGCUAUGUCCCUACUUCCUACGUCGAAGUCUAUUUAGACAAAAACGCCAAAGGUGCUAAGACUUAUAUUUAAUCCACUUAAAACAAAAACAAAAACCCUUAAAAGCAUUGGAGUUGUCUUUCCCAACCGCUUUGGGUGUCAUAGGCCUUCAAGAGGCCAGCAGAGAGCACGUGAUACAGACACUCGGGGAGCUGGGGGCAUCUCGUGCCUGAGAUUGCUUGUCCACCUUGGCUGUGUGCAGAGCUGCCCCGGCCUGCUUACAACUGUGUUGUUUGAAAUCUCAUCAGUGUUUCCAUUCCUUUCAACAAAAGUAUGUAGAUUUUUAAAAUGUGUGGUGGUGGGUCAUACCUAUAAUCCCAGCACUCAGGAGGCUGAGUCAGAAGCAUCCCACCGAGUUUCAGGCUAGCCUGGGCUACACAGUAAGACUCAGUAAAAAUUAAAUAAAUGAAAGUUAACAUUUGUUAUUUCAUCAAUGGAACUGAGUAACGUCUCCCAGCCCUUAAGUAAAGAUGAUAACAUUUUCUUGGUGCCCAUGCUGAGUGUCCUUACAGUUGCUGCUCAGGCCCUUUUAUUGUCUGAGUGCCCCAAACAACCAAGAUAUGUCCAGAAAGGUGUGCUCCUUGAGCGAUUUAACUUUGACAUGACAUGACAGUCUUCUGGCUCCACCUGACGGCCUCGGUCGAUGGUAGGGUGGCUUCAAGCUGGUGAGGCAGGUGUACAGCGGAUAGUUGCCCAACACCCUGGGGUCGUGAUGUUUUCAUACUCGGUUCUAUUCUUGCCAGAAGGUUUGCCAUGAGCAGAACUUGGUGUACCACUGCAUGCAACAACCCCUGCAAGUCCCUUUUUAAGAGGAAGAUUUUUUUUUUAAUCUUUGACAACUAUAAGACCCAAAGUUUGAACUUACUAGCCAUCAUUUGGGGUUUCUGGCACAUUUGAUCUGACUAAACUACAGUCAGAAUAAAAUAAACGGUCUCCGUGUUCUGAAGGAAUCUGGGCCAUGUAGGAAUUUGCAUUUUUAAGUCAGUGCUGAUAUUGGAGGGGAGAGAGUGGCAUUGGUGAUACCCAGAAGUGGUCCAGGACUGAAUUGUGCCCAUCAUGACCUCAAGGUCACCAAGGAGCUGCAUCUGUUCACAUCUGACCCUUUUGGUGUUGUUGUUGGAGACAGUGGUUCUCUGUGUGUGCCUUGCUAUCCUGGAACUCCUUCUGUAGUCCAGCCUGGCCUUGGAUUCAGAGACCCACCUGCCUCCACCUCCCGAGUGCUGGAAUAAAAGCGUGUGCCACCACCACCUGGCUCACAUCUGGUCCUUCCUGUCUGACUGUGGAAAUUAUUUACAUCUUAUUUUUAAGCAGAAAAUAACUCUUUGCCUCUAUAUUAGGGGCUCAUUUUAAUAAGCUGUUUUGAUUGUUUGUUUUUUAUGUGGUUGGGGAUGGGAUCGGGCUUCGUGCUCACUGGCAGAUUCACUACCGCUGCAAUGACUCUAAAAGUGACAGCUGGUACAUCUCUCUGGCCUCAGGAACCCGAAACAGUUUCAAGAUUCUGGCAGUGACUUCGCCUGAAUUUCACAAGGGCCGGUGAAGUGGCAUUGAGCAAGCUUUAGUUACCAACAGCCUGGCUUUUCACUUUUUUUGAGGCAGUGUCUUGCUAUGGAACCCAGGCUAGCCUUGAGCUCUGUCCCCCGUCUCAGUCUUGUGAUUGCUGUACUAAAGACAAUAUUUUGAAGUAGUGACGGGCUCUUGGCGGUUACAAAGGUGGCACAAAGGGUCCCAUGCCCUCUCCAAGGCCCCAGCAGCCAUACCUCAUAGCCUAAUACAGUCUCAGAAAUAGGAAGCUGGCCCAGCCCACCUGACAUUUCAGUGCCCAUUAAUUCUGUAACUCGUAUUUCGUGUGAGUAACUUUCGCUGUCACAGUGUAUUCAAUGUCAGUCAUCCCAGAGCCCCUUCAGGUGAACAGCUUGCUGGGUGAAAUGGAGGGGUUUCCCUUAUGCAAGUUGGGGUGAGGGAAAUGCCCGUUUGGAUACGCGUCUGUGGUCGCACUUUUAAGUGUGUGUUGCUAAACCGAACCUUAGCAUCCUAACAGAUGAACGGGCCCAACACUGUCUGCACUGAGUGAUGUUAUAUAGCUCCUGUCUCCUUAGUGGUAAUGGUAGGAAUUCCUCCUAUAGUCUGCUGUCAGAAAAAGGAGAUUGGAGGUGUGGUUAGGGGAACAUGGCUCAGCAGAGACAGGCAUCUGUCCCCAAGCCUGGGUCUCAUAUGGUUGAAGCAAAGAACCAACUCCCAAGAGUUGACCUCUGACCUUCCUAUGCCAUAGCACAUGUGCACAUCCACACAAAGCAAACACAACUCGAUGUAAGAAACUAGAGAGCAGGGCAGUGAUGGCGCACACCUAUAACCCCAGCACUCGGGAGUCAGAGGCAGCCGGAUCUCUGUGAGGUCGAGGCCGACCUGGAACGACCAGCCAGGGCUACAUAGUGAGACCUUAUCUCAAAACAACAGAAAAUAAAUAAAUGAAUGCAUAGUGGGAGAGGUGAGCUAUAGCUUUUUCCUGUUAUUUGGAAGGUAUAUCUGAGAUUAACAGUCACCUGGGAGCUAUCCCCAGCUUGGAGGGCAGGUUUCAUCCCACCUAGCCUCUCCCAAACCUUGUCCCCCAUGCCCCAAACCCCUACAGGUCCAGUUCUGCUUCCCAACUCCCAAGAAUUCAAAGCAGCUCUUGCAUUUGGGGGGGGGGGGGGGGGGGUUCCAAACAGGUCCUGGAACUUGCUCUGUAAACCAGGCUGACCUCAAACACAGAGACCCGCCUGCCUCUGCCUCCGGGAUUAAAGGCGUGUGCCCGCCACUGCCCAGCUGCACCUUUUGGAUUUUUAUAAAAUAAUGCCAGGGCACUUUCUGUGUACGUGUGUGGUAUCUUAAUCAUUGCCAAAAUACUAGACUACUCUGAGUCUCAUGGGGUAAUGUUGCUUUUUACAUCCCCUUCUGUUGAACACGUCCAUAAUCCUACCCCGCAGGGUAUAUUUGUAUAUAUUGCAAUUUGAAAACUAAACAGAGUCUUUGAACAGUGUUGUUUUAGUCUUUUACCUAUCUGUUUUAUUUGUUAUUCUUCUGCCUAACCACUUUUUGUUUUUAUAACUAUUGGGGAGGCCCGUGGACUCUUGCACUGUAGCUAGGUCCGGCUGGCUGCUGCGCACUUGAGUUUAUUGUAAAACCCUGGGCUCUGAGUAAGUUGUUUGACUACAGCUGUCAUGGUUGUUUCUUUCUAUUCUCAUCCUAAGAGAAAAGAAUCUGCCUGUCAUCCUCCAGUUGUGCCCUCGUAUCUGCCUCUCUAAUAAAUGUUAUUAUUUUUCUUGGUGCUGUGUAA